AUGCCCUGCCCCAGGCCGCCCUGGCUGCGCCGCCCGCGGGUCCCGCAGGGCUCCAGCCCCAGCUCCCCCGGCGCACUCUCCGCGCCCCAGUCCCCGGACCAGGGCGAGACUGAGGACGAGGAGGACGGGGACGGCAGCCCGAGCGCAGGCCCCAUCCUGCCGCCCGCGUCCCCCGUGGAGUGCCUCAUCUGCGUGUCGCCCUUCGACGGCGCCUUCAAGCUGCCCAAGCGCCUGGACUGCGGCCACGUCUUCUGCCUCGAGUGCCUGGCGCGCCUGUCGCUGGCCACGGCGGGCGGCGGCGAGGCGGUGGCCUGCCCGGUGUGCCGCGCGCCCACGCGCCUGGCCCCGCGCGGGGGGCUGCCCGCGCUGCCCACGCAGGUCGGCCUGCUGCCCCGCGAGGCCCGCGCCCCGCCCGCGCGCCAGGGCUCAGUGCGCUUCGACAGGCGCCGUGGGCUGCUCUACCUGCGCCCGCCGCCCGCGCCCCGCAAGACCCGCGCCGCGCGCCCGCCGCCCCCGCCGCCGCCGCUGCGCCUCGGCCGCCCGCUGUCGCGCCGCCUGACCCUGGACAGCCCCACCUGGGCCUUCAACGCGGCCGUGGCGCUCGCCGCGCUGGUGGCCGCGGGCCUGGUGGUCUCCGGCGUCUACAUCUUCUUCCUCAUCCCGCACGCCGCCUCCUCCUCGGGCUCCGCGCGGCCGCAGCUCGUGGCGCUCGCCCCCGCUCCUGGAUUCUCCUGGUUCCCGCCGCGGCCCGAGCCCGGGGCGCCCUGGACCCCCGCCUGGACGCCGGGCCCCCCUGGCCGUGACCUGGACGCCACGCUGCCGGGGGCUGCGGAGGACACAGCGGAGCCCCCUGGGAGCCCCGAGGACGCGCCGGAGGCAGAGGGGGUGCUGGACAGGCCCUCGGACCGCGCGUGGGAAGGAGAGGGCGGCCCCGGCUGGGUUCGGGGCCGGGGGCGGGUGUGGGGGUCGCAGUAA